UUUCGGAAAACUUGCAAAAGCUUAGCAUUGUGUUUGUUAGAUUCCGUUCUGUACUGAAUCAUUCUAAUUUUCCCAAUUCUUAAAGCGAAGUCGAAAAUGGGGGGAGGCCACGGCGAGGGCACAACCUACAAAGGCAUAACCAUACACCAACCUAAGCGGUGGCACACCGUCGCCGGCAAGGGUCUCUGUGCUGUUAUGUGGUUUUGGGUGUUUUACAGAGCAAAGCAAGAUGGUCCUGUAGUAUUGGGUUGGAGGCACCCUUGGGAGGGCCACGAUGAUCAUGGCCAUGGUGGUGGACACUAGGCCAUUCCAUUCCGACGCUUCUGUGGUGGUGUUGGGAGGACUGCCCAUGCGGAAAACAGACAUUCCAAUGGACAAGGACCCCUUGAUUUGCUCAAGAAUGUUGAGAGCAAUGCUGUGGUGUGUGUGCUGCAUUGCAUUAAAGGUUUGGAUGUGGAUGCUCUUUAUAUUUCCCACAUCUUACUUGCUGUUGCUGCUUUGCUCUAAAUGUACAUAGUACCAAUCACUUUCCUCCUUAGCACCAUGCCAGCAUUGAGUUAUGUAUGACAGGUCUCUCAUUUUUCAUUUUUUUCUCUUCUCAUUAGUAGUGUUUAUUGUUAAAUAUCACCUAAAAGUAAAAAGUGUUUGUCUAUUCUAAUUACAUGCUGCAAGAAACAUGGUAGAUAGCGUGAUUAACCUUAGGCGCGUCGACGAUGAGGUGAACAAAGUAGCAAUAGUUGCUAACAUGGCUGCCACGGCGGCUAGAGUAGCCGUGGUGAAAGCUGUUCAGAAUAGAAUAGAUGGACAAUUUUGCUAUACUGAUGUCUAAAGAGAAGAGAAGAGAAGGGGAAGCUCCGCAGAUAAUGAACAUAAUUUAGAAAUUAGGAUUUUAAAAGGACCAAAUUGCAAAAAAAGUUUCAUUCCACAUAUCAGCUAACCGUUGGAGUGCCACCAUGAAAUUACCAUGAAUUCUGGAGUACAAUCCCAACUUUCUGAUUGCUAGGUUUGGACAGAAAUUGCGAGAGAGAUUACUGUGAAUUUUGGAGUAUGAUUUUAAGAACAUAAUUAAAUAACUAUUAAUUUCUGUGAUCAUAUAAUAUAAAAAUAUUAAUUAAAAUAUAAAAAUAUAAUAU